CCCGUAAUGCUGUCCAAACAACACAAAGCCUUCACUGUUCGAAGAAAUUCAGCAGAUUAUACAUUUGAGAUUGACAGUGUUGUAGAAGAAUAUAGUACUCAUUCAAUUCAAGUUUGGUUUGCAACCCAAAUUAAAGCGCUUGAACGGGGGUGGAACAGGCAGCCAUGGCGCCACCAAGCAACCAGGCCAAGUCUGACGGUGUGCAUGAGGGCGUGAGUAAGCAGCAGCCGACGUACACCACCCUUGCCGGCCACCCAGUCUCCGACGACAACAACAGUUUGACAAUCGGCGAAAGCGGAAACACGCUCUUCGAAGACCUCCACCUGUUCGAGAAGAAUGCUCAUUUCAACAGGGAGCGCAUCCCCGAGCGCGUGGUGCAUGCCAAAGGCGCGGGUGCACACGGUUACUUUGAAGUCACUCACGAUGUCACUGACAUCUGCAAAGCUGCAUUCUUGAGCGAAGUAGGAAAAAGAACUCCAGUCCUCGGACGCUGGUCCACUGUAACAGGUGAGUCUGGAUUCCCCGACACAGCGCGAGACCCCCGUGGGUUUUCAAUCAAGUUCUACACGGAGGAAGGUAACUGGGACAUGGUUGGGAACAAUACACCUGUCUUCUUCGUUCGGGAUGCAAUCAAGUUUCCCGACCUGAUCCACUCUCAGAAGCGGAACCCAGCGACGCAUAUGAAGGAUCCAAAUGCAUUCUGGGAUUUCCUCAGCCUGGUUCCAGAGUCACUGCACCAGGUGUUGAUCACAUUCUCCCCACGCGGUGUUCCUGACGGCCAUCGCCACAUGCACGGCUAUGGCUCCCACACCUACAAGUGGGUCAACAAGGAAGGCAAAGCGCACUGGGUGAAGUUCCAUUUCCUAAGCGACCAAGGCAUCAAGAACCUGACGCACGAGCGCGCAGUUGAGCUUGCAGGUAUCAAUCCUGACUACUCCACCGAGGAUUUGUUCCAAAACAUCCAAAACGGCAAUGGCCCUUCCUGGACAUUCAAGGUGCAAGUCAUGCCUCUCGAGGACGCUCCCCAGUACCGAUUUGAUCCUUUCGAUUUGACGAAAGUGUGGUCACACAAGGAUUACCCACUGCGCGAGGUCGGGAAGCUGAAAUUUGACAGGAACCCCACAAAUUACUUCGCCGAAGUGGAACAAGCGUCGUUCUCGCCCGGACAUUUCGUACCCGGGAUUGAAGCAUCGCCAGACCGUGUGCUUCAAGCUCGUCUCUUCGCUUACGAUGACGCCAGCCGAUAUCGUCUAGGCUCAAAUUACUUGCAGAUUCCUGUCAACCGGUGCCCCUUCGCUAAAGUCCAAACCUACGCUCGCGAUGGAUUCAUGAACGUCAGUGACAACGGCGGCAGCAACCCAAACUAUUACCCCAACUCCUUCGAGGAUUUGCCUCGCCCCGACCCUUCUCAACCUGACGUGCACCCUUACAAGCACGACGGCGGAGUGGUGAGUAGAACACCGCCCAGGAAGUGGACGGAGCAAGACGACUAUGAGCAGCCAAGAGCUCUAUGGCAAGCUAUGUCGGCCCAGGAUCGGGGGCAGACAGCGAAGAACAUCGCGGGCCACAUCAUGGGCGCCAAGGAGAUGAUCAUCCAGCGACAAAUGGGUGUGUUCCGCAAGUGCGAUGAGUCCCUGGCAAGCAAGGUCGAAGAGAUGUUGGCUGUGAAGCGGAUAGGCCAAGACCCUUACACCAUGGUUGCUUAGAUCAUAACAACAACAAUAGCACUCACUGCAAAUCCCUUCGCGUCGUAGCGUGCAUCCGGUGCAUUUUGGCGGCUGUCGGCGCGCGACCAUCACCGAAAACGCGGCGUAGAUUACGAGGAUUUGUGUUUUGUAUUUUGUGUGUGUGUGUGUGUGUGUGUGUGUUUUUUUUAUUUUUUGUUAUUUUUUUUUAUUUUUUUGUUGAAAAUGAUAAUGUUGGUAGCGCCUUAUGUCUGUUGUAGAUCGAGCCAAUUUGUGCAUUCAUUCUUUUCAACCCUGAUGUCAAUGUGUUUUUAUCUGGGAAUGUAGGAAACCCUAAUGCCCAGCCCCCCCACCUCCCACUCAGUUUUGGAAGUUGGGAAUCUUGUGGUGUAAUUGUAUAAAUGAAUAUAAGGUUGUAAUUGGUUUAUGAAA